AUGAGCACCCCGAUGCCCCUCGAGGGUCGAGGCCUGGCUAUCUUUGUCAUCUCGGCCAUUUUCAUGUUCAUUACGAUUGUGACAGUCUCAUUAAGAUGCUUUGUCCGUUCAUUCAUUGUCCGGGCCUUUGGUUGGGAUGAUGUCCUCAUGCUCGUUGCACUGGCACUAUUCAUUGUAUUGGCAAUAUGCUGCAUGAUUGGAACAGCGAAUGGAGUUGGUCAUACAAACUUACAAUUCGCAGAACUCGCAAGCACCGAGGUUUUCGUAAGAGCGCUUAUGUGGUGGUGGCUUAGUCAAGUCUUUUACAUCUGGGCGUCCGGCGUCGCCAAAGUCUCAAUCGCCGUUGCACUGCUUCGGUUGACAGUGAAGAAGGUGCAUCGCAUCAUUCUUUGGGGAACAAUCUCUUUGACCAUUAUAAUCGGUCUAAUAUUUUGGCUCGUUUUAAUCUUCGAAUGCCACCCGAUCUCCUUUUUCUGGACUCAAGCGGACGGAAAGCACACCGGGAGCUGUUUACCAGUGAAGACAUUGCUCGAUGUUGCAUAUGUCUACAGCGCUUUCACAAUCGUAUGCGAUUUCACUCUUGGCUUCCUACCCGUCUUCUUAGUCUGGGAACUACAGAUGAACCGCAGGACGAAAACUGCGGUUGGAGGUAUUCUCAGCUUGGGAGCUAUUGCGAGUGUAGCCGUCAUCAUUCGACUACCCUUCCUUCAUCACUAUGCCGACACUAAUUUCCUAUACUCCACUUAUCAAAUCGCCAUCUGGACUAUCAUCGAAACCGGUCUUGGCAUCACCGCAGGUAGCCUCACUACCCUUCGCCCUCUAUUCCGCUGGCUCCUCGAUGGGAGCAUGUCCUACGGCCGGAACGGGCAUACCCCGGAACGAAGCUCAGGACGGUAUCGUCUAUCUAGCUUCAGGCAUGAUGGCGCGAAACAUUCUCAGGAUCCCAACCUUUGGCGUCCCGACACCGAUGCCAAUACCAAAACUCUGGUGGAAAUUGCAUCCUCACCUCGGUCACAGGUAUCUAGCGAUGCCAACAGUAGCCAGGAAGCUUUGAACCCCGGGCCGAAUCCAUUGGGUCAACGGAGUGGGGGCGUCACAGUUGAGCGUAGUUUUGUGCAGGUGGUCUCGGACCGAGAAUCAUAG